CAUAUUUGACAGCCACGUCGACCCGAAAUUGAAAAAUAAAGAUUUAAUUUUAAAAAAACUAUAUUUCUUGAUUUAUGUUUAAAGUAUAAGCCAAAAGCGAUAAAUUCUAUUAAGACACAAGAGCGCUAAAUGUGAAUAAACGAUUGAUUUUAAGUUUUAAGUGCAAACAUAAGGGUAGGCCCGAAAAACAGGCAAAAAUGUUAACAAAAUUCGAAACCAAAUCGGCCAGGGUGAAGGGUUUAUCCUUCCACCCUAAAAGGCCGUGGAUCUUGACCAGUUUGCAUAACGGCUCCAUCCAAUUGUGGGACUACAGGAUGUGCACCCUAUUGGAGAAGUUCGAUGAGCAUGAUGGGCCUGUCCGAGGAAUCAGUUUUCAUAAUCAACAACCUCUUUUUGUUUCCGGAGGAGAUGAUUAUAAGAUUAAGGUAUGGAACUACAAACAAAAGAGAUGCAUUUUCACCCUCCUGGGCCACUUGGACUACAUCAGGACCACAAUGUUCCACCAUGAAUACCCAUGGAUUGUGUCUGCCUCCGAUGAUCAAACCAUCCGCAUUUGGAACUGGCAGAGUCGUACGUGCAUUUGCGUCCUCACUGGACACAAUCACUAUGUUAUGUGCGCAAUGUUUCAUCCUAGUGAGGACUUAUUAGUUUCGGCCAGUUUGGAUUCUACUGUGCGAGUUUGGGAUAUUUCUGGUUUGAGAAAGAAGAACGUUGCUCCAGGACCAGCUGGUUUGGAAGAACAUUUAAAAAAUCCAGGAACAACUGAUUUAUUUGGGGUAUCUGAUGCUGUUGUUAAACAUGUUUUAGAGGGACACGAUAGAGGAGUCAAUUGGGCAUCUUUUCAUCACAGUUUACCAUUAAUAGUAUCCGGAGCUGACGAUCGUCAAGUAAAACUCUGGAGAAUGAACGACUCUAAAGCAUGGGAAGUGGAUACUUGCAGGGGACAUUACAACAACGUGUCCUGCGUCCUGUUUCAUCCCCGUCAAGAGCUGAUUUUAUCCAACAGCGAAGAUAAGAGCAUCCGGGUCUGGUGUAUGCAAAAGAGAGUUUGCCUGCACACAUUCAGAAGAGAACAUGAGAGAUUUUGGGUAAUGACCUCCCAUCCUAACCUGAACCUGUUUGCGGCAGGUCACGACGCCGGAAUGAUCAUUUUUAAACUGGAACGUGAAAGACCUGCUUACACGGUCCACGGGAAUCUACUUUAUUACGUGAAAGAGCGCUAUCUGAGACGUUUGGAUUUCAAUACCGCCAAGGAUACUCCCGUUAUUCAAAUUAAAGGCGGUGGCAAAGUACCGGUCUAUGGAAUGUCAUUUAAUCCGGCGGAAAAUGCGGUGCUGUUAUUCACGCGCACCUCCAAUUUGGACAACAGCGUUUACGAUCUUUAUAUGAUUCCUAAAGAGCAGGAGAGCGGUGAUCAUGUACCUGAGGUGGAAAGUAAAAGGUCCAGUGGGUUAACGGCCCUAUGGGUCGCCAGAAAUAGAUUCGCCGUUUUAGACCGAGGCCAUCAAAUCGUCAUUAAAAACUUGAAAAACGAGGUGACAAAGAAAGUGCAAACCCCCACGUGCGAUGAGAUCUUUUAUGCGGGAACUGGAAUGCUGUUAUUAAGGGAUACGGAGCAUGUCACUUUAUUCGAUGUGCAACAAAAAAGGACUUUGGCUCAAGUAAAAAUCAAUAAAUGCCGGUACGUAGUAUGGUCAAGCGAUAUGGCGCACAUAGCUCUACUAGCUAAACAUACCGUAACAGUAUGCAAUAGAAAACUGGACGUUUUAUGUUCAUUACAUGAGAAUACCAGAGUGAAAUCCGGUGCCUGGGACGACUCUGGAGUAUUUAUUUACACCACCAGCAAUCAUAUUAAGUACACCCUUACAAAUGGUGAUCAUGGAAUAAUUCGCACCCUAGACCUGCCGAUUUACAUCACAAGAGUUAAAGGGAGUCAAGUAUUUUGCUUAGAUCGCGAAUGCAAAUCGAGAAUCUUCACUAUCGAUCCUACGGAGUAUAAAUUCAAACUGGCCCUCAUCAAUCACAGAUAUGAAGAAGUGUUAUAUAUGGUUCAAAAAUCGCGGCUAGUAGGGCAAUCGAUAAUUUCCUACUUGCAACAGAAAGGUUAUCCAGAGGUGGCGUUACAUUUCGUAAAAGAUGAUAAGACGAGGUUCACGUUAGCUCUGGAAUGCGGAAACAUCGAGAUCGCUUUGGAGGCCGCCAAAUCUUUGAACGAUAAGAAUUGUUGGGAUCAGUUAGCGCAAGCGGCCCUAUGGCAGGGUAACCAUCAAGUCGUAGAGAUGUGCUAUCAGAGGACCAAGAGUUUUGAAAAAUUGUCAUUUUUAUAUUUGAUCACCGGCAAUUUGGAGAAACUGAGGAAAAUGACUAAGAUUGCGGAAAUUCGGAAGGCCAGAUCGGCCCAGUAUCACGGUGCUCUGCUUUUAGGCGAUUUUGCUGAGCGAGUUAAAGUCCUUAAAACGACGAACCAAUUAUCGCUCGCAUAUUUAACCGCCGCCACCCACGGAAUGGCCGAGGAGGCCGAACAGCUAAGAGAGGAAAUCGGUGACGUUAAAAAAUUGCCUGACGUCGAUCCGAAGGCGACAAUAUUGAAACCUCCCUUACCCAUUCAGCAAGCUGAGAGCAAUUGGCCUUUAUUGACCGUCAGCAGGAGUUACUUUGAAAACACGGCUGCCCAAACCACUUCGAGCAAACUAGUCGCCGAACCGGUUGCCGCGGAAACCAUGAAAGAAGUCGAGGGAUGGGGAGACGACGAUGACGAAAUGGCGGAUGCGGAAGAGAAAACGAUCGAAAAAAGAAACUCCGAAAGUGGCGAGGCGGGUUGGGACGUAGAAGACGCAGAUUUAGAUAUACCCGAACUGGGACCGAGCGCCGUUGCCGAAACUACUGACCCUUACAUUCACUUACCUUCCCCGGGUCCCUCGCCGAAAACGAUGUGGACGAAAAACUCGCAGCUGGCCGCCGACCACAUUUUGGCCGGCUCUUUCGAAUCGGCCGCGCGUUUAUUGCACGAUCAGGUCGGCGUGGUGAAUUUCAAACCGUACGAGUCGUUGUUCAUGCAUUUGUACAGCGGUUCGAGGACGGUGGCCGGUCAUUUGGCUAAUUUGCCCCCAAUAUUCACGUAUCCGCUGAGGAAUUGGAAGGAAGCCACCAUGAAGACCGGACUGCCGGCGGUCGGGGUGAAAAUGAACGAUUUGGUGGCCAAAUUACAGGUCUGCUAUCAACUGACUACAGGUGGAAAAUUCACUGAGGCAAUAGAAAAAUUGCAAAUCUUGCUACUAUCCAUUACCCUGUUAGUGGUCGAUACGAAACAAGAAAUAGCAGAAGCGCAACAGAUGUUAAGGAUAUGCAGCGAAUACAUUUGCGGCUUACAGAUGGAAACUUUAAGAAAAACUCUACCUAAAAGUUCUACGGACGAACAAAAACGCCAAUGCGAACUGGCCGCCUACUUCACCCACUGCAAACUGCAACCCAUCCAUCAGAUCUUAACGUUACGAACGGCCCUCAAUAUGUAUUUUAAAUUGAAGAAUUACAAGACGGCCGCCUCGUUUGCCAAACGUUUGUUGGAUUUAGGUCCGAGGCCUGAGGUCGCACAACAGGCCCGGAAAAUUUUACAAGCUUGCGAUGCCACACCAACCGACGAACUGCAACUCCAAUACGACGAGCACAACCCGUUUAAUCUUUGCGGCCACUCGUACACUCCGAUCUACAGAGGAAAACCGGAAGAAAAGUGCCCACUAUGCGGCACCAGCUAUUUGCCCAAAUACAAAGGGAACCUGUGCAACGUGUGUCACGUGGCCGAAAUCGGGAAAGAUUGUAUCGGGUUGCGGAUAAGUAUGCAUCAAUUUAGAUAGAUAGAUUGUUUGUUUACGAAUUAUUUUCUGUUUAUACAUUAAUUGCUAAGUAUAUUAUUAUAUUAAUAUAGGAAGUAUUAAA